CUGAGAAUGACAUUCUCCCUUUCUCUGCAACUCCCUCAUACUUCAAUUUUAUCUUCUUCCUUUUUUUUUUCUCAGUGAAAAGGCGACUUAUAUUUCCCUUCGGAAUCUACGUAUCUGUAUACGUGUGCGUGUGUGUGUGUGUGUAGAGACUGCAAGUUAUAAAGGUUAAAUUUGGAUUAGCUGAACAUUUCUUGCUGUGGAUUUUGGUGUGGGAAAAAUAGCAUAAUCUGUAAUUUGAUGAUCGAGUACUAAGGCGUCGGAUUUAGGCCCGUGGUUUGAGAUGGCGACGGGCACAAUGGCGACGGCUGCAGGGGCAGCUGUGCUGCUCUACUACUUGCUCAGCCGUAGGUCGGGGGCGAAGGGAGAGGAGGACGGGGGAGGCGGGGAUUUGUCGAAAUCGGGAAGAUCUGGGAGGAGGAGAAUUGCGAGGCGGCCGGCUCAGGCGCCUGCCACGUGGUUCGAGACGAUCGCCACGUUGUCUGAGACGCUGCGUUUUACCUACUCGGAGACGUUGGGCAAAUGGCCUAUUGGUGAUUUGGCUUUUGGCAUCAAUUACUUGAUGCGCAGACAAGGUAACUUGCAAGUUGCAAAUAUUUAUGCUGGAACUAACUGUGUACGACUUAAAGGCCCUGAGAUUAUUGCCGAGUUGAAUAGUCUGCUGAGGCUGUUGACACUUUGUAUGCUCUUCUCAAAGAAGCCAUUUCCGGUGUUUUUAGAAUCUGCUGGUUUCUCCGAGGAAGACGUUCUUCUCCAGAAGCCCAAAGCAGGGCUUCUGAAGCCUGCUUUCACAAUUAUACGGGAUAAAAAUUCAAAAUGUUUCCUUCUAUUAAUUCGAGGCACUCAUAGCAUAAAAGACACACUUACAGCAGCAACUGGCGCAGUGGUCCCUUUCCACCAUUCAGUUUUACAUGAUGGUGGAAUAAGCAACUUAGUUUUAGGAUAUGCUCAUUGUGGAAUGGUUGCUGCAGCCCGUUGGAUUGCGAAGCUUAGCACUUCUUACCUCAUCAGGGCUUUGGGUGAAUAUCCUGACUACAAAGUGAAGAUUGUUGGGCACUCACUUGGUGGUGGUACAGCUGCAUUAUUAACAUAUAUUCUUCGAGAACAGAAAGAGUUAUCCUCUUGCACUUGUUUUACGUUUGCUCCAGCUGCCUGUUUGACUUGGGAGUUAGCAGAAUCAGGCAAGCAUUUCAUUACUACGGUUAUCAAUGGUUCUGAUCUGGUGCCUACAUUCUCAGCAGCUUCUGUUGAUGACCUUCGCUCUGAGGUCACAGCAUCAUCCUGGUUGAAUGAUUUGCGGGAUCAGGUUGAACGUACAAGAGUCCUUAACGUUGUUUACCGUUCGGCAACAGCACUUGGAUCUCGCUUACCAUCCAUGGCUAGUGCAAAGGCCAGAGUUGCUGGAGCUGGGGCACUUCUAAGGCCUGUUUCCAGCAGUACUCAGGUUGUAAUCAAGCGCGCACAGAAUGUUGCUCAAGCAGUUGUAAAAACCCGCUCAUCCCUAUCAUCAUGGUCUUGCAUGGGUGCUCGCAGACGUCCGGUGGGCUCACAAUUUAGCUCUAAAAUUGAGGAAAAUCCUGAAACUUCUCUGAUAUCCGAAAGAACUUCUGAAAGCCUUGUGGCCGAAGUUGUAACAAGAGAUCUAAUGCAAAACAAAGUGCAGUCUAGUGAAUCAGGGAAUGAGGAUACAGAUGAUGAUCAACCAUUAAUCUCAGCAGAAAGAGUCAUUACUGAAUCUGCCAUGGAAGAAGACCUAAUUGAAGGCGAUCUCUGGAAUGAACUAGAGAAACAACUUGAGGGACAGGAUAACCAAGUUGAUAUUCAAACAGCAGCCGCAGCUAAAGAAAUCACAGAAGAAGAGAAUGCUUUAGCUGACAGAGUGGACGGGAAAGGUGUCAUUUCUUCUUCAGAUGUAUCAGAAAGCCAACGUUUUUAUCCCCCUGGCCGAAUCAUGCAUGUAGUAUCUGCCCCAGUAUCGGAUUCUUCCAAUCUCGAUCAUGGUGUCCAGGUCGAGGAACAUGUUGACGUUGGAAUAUACGAGACACCUAGAGAACUGUACAGUAAGAUUCGGCUGUCGAAAACAAUGAUCAAUGAUCACUACAUGCCGAUGUAUAAAAGAAUGAUGGAGCUAUUAAUCAGGGAACUAGAGAGGGAUGAAACUCGUAGUUGUGUAGAGUCAGAAGAACAAAUUGUAUGUUAAAAAACAUAAAAAAUCUUAACAUCACAUCUCCAAAAGGAUGGUUUCAACGUUUCUUUUCUUUUUAGUGUUUGGAAUGGAUCGUGAUCAGUCAACAACCAUAUUACAGAAGAACACUUAAUAUUUCAAUCCAUCAUUUGAAAAGCAACUCGAGCAAAAAUCCUCCCAGUUCUGUAUUUUCAUCAACGAGAUCGCAGAAGAACCAUUUUUGAUCA